AAUUUUUUGAUUGAUUAGGUAAAAACUACUGCUAUGCUAAUGGUUGGCAUUGUGUUUAUCACAAAUAUGGUGCUUUUUCUUGGUCCUGGAAGUCAAGCUUUGGAUGUUCUAAAUGCAAUUUCAACUACAGGCGAUUUUCCCUCCUUUCCCGCUGUGCGCUGCCGGUGUUUCAGCUAUCCAUUUGAGAUACUUUGCUCCUGGCCAGAACCUCUGCGCUCUCAACCUACACAUUACCUUGCCACCUACAGUGAGAGACACAUUAAUGCUGAUAUCAAGGUGUGCCAAAUGAUUCCGCCUGGCUCUUCAUCUCCUGUUCUGACAACAACACCAUCAUCUUCACUCUCCGAGCAGCUCUGGCACUGUCACCUGCCCAACCAGAAACUUCUCACCGAAUACAUCCUCAACAUCACAGCCGUUCACUCUGGGGGGAGCAGCUCCUACCUAACAAGUUUUUUGCUGGAGGAUAUCGUGCAGCCAGAUCCUCCUGUAAAUAUCACGCUUUCCCCUCUUACUACCAAAACGCUGUUGGUGGAAUGGUCUCCUCCACCUACAUGGAGCAGCAUAGACAUCUUUCCUCUGAAGUACCAUAUACGCUACCGCUGGGAAACCAAGGGAAACCCCGUGUCUGUUAAUCAGGAAAAAGUGUCAUGCAGAGAAGUUCACACAGCGCAGCGCAGAUGGACAGAGUGUACAUUCAAGUGGGGCCUGUCUGAGGACACCAAGGCCAAACUAAAGGGGCUGGUUCCAGGGAGAACCUACCGGUUACAGGUGUGUGCUGAGGAAUUCCUGGGCCUGGGGAAGUGCAGCGAAUGGAGCUCACCUGAGCUAAUCACAAUGCCGAAAACACAAUAGAGACUUCCACUCACCUUUUUUUUUUUUUCCACGAAUGCACUUUGCUGUUGUUAGGUUUAAUUAAUUAUACAUCAUGUGCAUUCUGUUAGCCCGAUUAGACAGAGCAGAAGGCCUUCCUUCACAUUGUGGAUGUCACUGUGUGUACGGAGGUCAUCUAAUCGGGACAGCCUUCGAGUCUUUAGAGGUACACAGGAUAUGGGCACAUCUUGGAGCCGGUAUGAUAGAGAAGGGCUAUCUGUAACUCUGAGACAGAGAGGCAACCUGCAUGGAGUUCAAGUAAUGGAUGGCGUGUCAGUUUCUGAUACGGACA